GCAUCUUUUGAGUUCGUUUUGACUCCACUUUUUUGGGUGUCAUUGAAAACCAUGGUGCUCUUUGACAAAUACGGGUAUUUCUGCCUGAGAUAAUACGUGUGUACAUGUGUAUACAUGUGUUUUAAAAUGAGACAUUGUUAUACAACAAAUAUAACAAUACCUUAUCCCUUUCGCUUUAUGACAUCAGGCAGGCUGAAGUGGAUAACUCAAAACUGCAAGUUAGUUAAGUCGGUGUGAAUGGUGACUAAAUUCAAAGAGGAAUGUUUUCCUAAAUUAAAGUUUUCACUGAAGGAGCUAAUUUAUUUCAUGCUCACAUAGCAAGGUGUUUCAUCACGGAAAAGAACGGAAUCGCCCGAAAUGUGGUUGCUCCGCCCAGGGAUGAGGCCGCUGAUCAAGUACUGGGAAGCAGGGAAUUUGGAGCGCGGCACACAGUGGCAGCACGGUACGACUGCCAGUACGAUAUGCGUUCUGAGGAGAAUUUCUCUUUAAGCUGUAAAUAUCACUGCACGUUUUUACAGUAGGCGUACAAACAAGUUUGGACGGAAAGACAUACACAGGCAACGGACUUGGCACCCUGCAAAUGGAUUGAAUGGGACUGUGGAAAACGGGCUGUUUCGCUAACGUGACAAGUUGAUUCAUCUUUCUACCUCGACAAACGUUUGUCAGGUAGCUAGCUAGCGAGCGACUUAAGUCCACAGUUGCAAAUAUCUUGGUUUUUCUUUGAUUCUGUCUGCGAUAACGCAGUUUGCUUGAGGUUCGGUGGCUUUUUCUGUGAUGCACACGCAAUUUCGUCUCGAUACGGCGUGUGUCUACAAUCUUCAUCAAAGAAUGCAAUGUUUUUUUCAGUGGUCAACUAAGUUGGCUAGUACUAACAUUAGUUAGUUGGCUAGCUAGCUAGCUAGCCAAUGAACGUGCUAGCUAAGCUAACUGAGGAAUAGUCUACGUAGCUAUUGAUUUUGUUUUCCCUCGAGCCUUUUUUGUUGUUAUCUCAGCCGCGACUUUUCUCCCACUGUUCUAUUUUAUGUUCCUUGGUGGUAUACAUUUGGCUCAACAUUCGUUAGUUAAAUUUAACAUAGCAGCAUUCGUAGUUAUAACUUAAACUAAAACAUUUAACUCCACAAAACUCAAAAAGCAGUCUUUGUGGCUUCGGACUUGGAAAAUGGAUGCUGGUAUAGAGAAGGAAUGCAGCGCUCUGGGGGGGCUGUUUCAGAUCAUCAUGAACGAUAUGAAGGCCAGUUACCCAGCCUGGGAGGACUUUGUCUCCAAAGGAACCAAGCUACAGUCCCAGCUAAGGACAACCAUCAUCGUCACAAGCUCUUUCUUGGAUGCGUUCCAGAAGGUGGCUGACAUGGCAACUAGUACCAGAGGGGCCACAAAAGAAAUCGGCUCGGCACUGACCCGGAUGUGCAUGAGGCACCGGAGCAUCGAGACCAAGAUGAAGCUCUUCACCACGGCCCUCAUGGAUAACCUGAUCAGUCCCCUGGAGCUGAAGAUCGAGGAGUGGAAGAAGGUGGCCAGUCUGCUGGAUAAAGACCAUGCCAAAGAGUACAAGAAAGCCCGUGCAGAUAUCAAGAAGAAGUCUUCAGACACAAUCAAACUGCAGAAGAAGGUCAAGAAAGGUAAGGAUGAGGUGCGCGGGCAGCUGGACAGCGCCCUGCAGGACGUGAACACGCGCUACGCUGUGCUGGAGGAGACGGAGAAGAGGGCCGUGUGCCGAGCGCUCAUCGAGGAGAGGGGACGCUUCUGCUCCUUCGUCAGCAUGCUCAAACCCGUGCUGGAUGAGGAGAUGGGCAUGCUGGGAGAGGUGACCCACCUGCAGACCAUCCUAGAGGACCUGACACACCUCACCUCCGAUCCUCACAAACUCCCUCCAGCCAGUGAACAGGUUAUUCACGACCUCAAAGGGUCCGACUACAAUUACACUUACCAGACGCCGCCUGCAUCGCCUAGUAACACCCUGUCACGCAAGAGCAGCAUUAGCAGUAACUACCAGUCUACCUCAGUGAGACAUGUCCCCUCUCUGGACUCCAUCUCCAGCGCAGUGGACGGGAUUCACCUGCGGCCGCCUGACUCUACAGAGCUCGGAGGAGGGAUGAACAGCCAGCCACAGUGGGCCAUGCAAGGGGGCACAGAGAACGGCACGGCCAUGCCCCCGCCACAUAACGCCUACAGUGGGCACGGAGAGAGGGGGCGCGCACUCUCCACUUCCUCCACCAAGCCUCAGUCAGCGCGGGAGCAGCUGGCUCUGACGCUGGGCGGAGGCGGCCUGAACUCGGAUGCCCCGCGCACCAGCCGCGACUCCCUCCACUGCUCCAGCGGAUACAGCACCCAGACCACCACCCCCUCCUGCUCCGAAGACACCAUCCCCUCCCACGCCGUAAAGAAAGAGCCUCCUCUCUAUGACUAUGACUACAUCUCCCUGCACGGCGGCGAAGAAGGGCGCAGCCCAACAGACUUUGACAAGUCCUGCACGGUUCCGCGCAACAGUGACCUGAGCUUGCAGUACCGCAAACUGUUCCAGAGCAAGCGGCCGGCUUCCACUGUCAGCCUGCUGGCCGACCCCGAGCCCCUGCUGCCCCACGGCCAGACCUCCCAGCAGGCCCUGCAGCAGCAGCGGGCAGGCUCCCACGCCACCAUCCGCCGCAAGCCCUCCUCCAAGCCCAGCUUCCGCCGUGGCACCAUCAGUGGCGGGGUACCCAUCGCCAUCAGCACCCCCCAGGUGCCCCUCCGCCCCUCGGCCUCCACCGUGGGCCUGGGCCCGGACGACAGCACCGUGCCCACAGAUGGGUGGGGUGGUGGUGGUGGUGGUGGAGGAGGAGGAAGCGGCGGUGGUGGUGGCGGUGGCGUCGGCAGCGUAGCCCACUCUGAGCUGACGACCCAUUCCCGGCACAGCCUGUGCCAGUCAACGCAGAGCCUGAACACGACGGUGGCGUCACCCUACUACUCGCUGUACCCUGGGCAGCAGCCACUGGGCAACAGCACGGAGCAGCUGUACCAGCUGAACAAGCAGCAGCAGUUUGCCCUGCACCAGCAGCAGCAGAGGCAGUACCAGCAGCAACAGCAGCAGCACUACCAACAACAACAGCAUCAGCAUCAUCAACAACACCUUCAACAACAGCAUCAACAACAAUAUCAGCAGCAGCAGCAACAACUACCGCAUCAGCAGCAUCAUCCAGAACUACAACAUCAGCAACAAUAUCAGCAACAACAACCACAACAUCAUCAUCAGUAUCAACAACAGUUACAGUUACAGCAACAUCUGCACUACCAGCAGCAGCAGCAGCCCCAGCAGCCAGGCCACCCCCACCAGGCUGAUCACAAACAGCACAGCACCAACGCUGUGGGGCUACCAGGAGAAAGCGGCCACUGUGCCCCAGCCCCGCCAUUACAGCUUCAGCUGCAGGAGGUUGGCAGUGGAGGUCCAGAGGGCACAGACGAGGGCACAGACGAGGGCACGAGUCCGACGGAGCCCUGCGGAGGAGAGGGCGACAUGCUGACCAUGAUCCGCCGGGUCAAGCUGAGGCGGACGAUCACCAACGACCGCUCCGGGCCCCUCAUCCCCCCAAACCAUCUCAACUAAAGCUGCUGCCGCUGGCACCCGAACCAGUGCAGAGCGGUGCGGCACGACGCAACCCCUCGAUGCUCCCCCUCCUCCUUCCUGUUCCUGUACAAACACGUUAGGCCUUUGAAGGAGGUCUGCUGUAGCAGUGUCCUCAUGAUUAAAAAAAGUCACAAAAGGUCUAAAAGAAACCAAGAAAGGAAAAACAAAGACGUUUGUUUGGGAUUUUUAGUUUCUCUCUGAAACUGCACUGUGCUAAACAAAUGUUGUCAGUGUCGUCAAGCAUAGACAGUCGUCCGUGUGAAUGUCGCCUAAUUUAAAAUUUGCUGGCUAUAUAUAUAUAGACCAUCAGAGCUUAAGAUAUAUAUACAGUAUAUAAAUAUAUAUAUAUAUAUAAAAGUUAUAUGUUUAUAUUGUCAUUGAGAAAAAAUGAUUAAAGAUGGCCUUGCUUCUUCAGUCUUACUAUUGCCUCUGGUCAGAAACUGUAUAUAUUAGUGUUGUAUUGGAGAAACAGUUUAUUGUGUUUUUUUGUUUGUUUUGAUGUUAUAUUUUAAAUUAGUUGGUAAUAUAGCACUGGCGUCUUCUCCCGGUUAUCUAUUUUUGUACAGAACAUGGACCGGGUAUCAAAAGGACUGGAUGUCUGCCUUGUGAAGCCCAACCUCGCUUUGUUGGGCUCAUGUCGCUGAUCACACAGGCAAGCAAAUGAGAAUCAAAGACGCUGCACAAGAAAGAACGCCUGAAGGUCAAAAGAUGCAAUUUUGCGGGACUCGUAGACACUAUUCGGACAAUGAGCGUGAGUUUUUACGCGAUAAAAAGAGGCACAGUUUUGUGUUUUUGGACAUCGAGAGACAAAGCCAGUGCUCUGCACUCAGCACACGGCUCUCUGUGGUUUGGAGGGCUAACGUCAACUCCGACCAGAGGCAAACCCAUCCUUCUGAGUGUCUUCUGUUCAGUUGUAGUUCUCUCAAAUAAUUUUUUUGGUUUAGUGGCAUCUUCUCCACUUACCAUUUCAGGUAAAGAUUUUCUUAUGUUGUUCUUAAGUGCUUUAUUCCAGGGGUGUCAACGUCCUGUUUUCUUAUUUGAAUGUGGUGCUAAUUUGAGUUUUGAUCUGUGUUCAGGCCGAGCUGUCAAAUAGCCAAAUCAAUUUGAUGAAGUCCCAUAUUUGUCCUUUUUGUGUGUCUUUUCUGGUGGCUGUUGGGGACGUUUCUUUUAUGGGAAAACUCCUAACACGUAACAGUCUGCACCCUGGCCCCUGUUUUGAAGUAUAUGAUUCCAAAGUUUGGGUUUGUUCCUGAAAGCGGGGUGUGUUAAGAGGCCUAUGCACUGUUCCUCCUGCAGCCCUGACUAAGGAAGUGGCCCUCCUCUGAAACCCUCCUACUGGCCUAAGAGAGAGAGCCCUCUUACCUGUACAUACAGCCCCCCUUCUCCAACUCUGCACACACACACACACACACUGUGCUGUGUUAGAGGGUCAGACACAUGCUUCAUUCUUUUUGUUUUUAUCAUGACUCGGUCUCAUUAAUGUUAUUUUAUUUUAUUUUACAUUGCCUUUGCUCUUUUAUUUUUAUUUGUGUCAUUUGCUCUUUGCUGUUUAACUUGUUAAUUGCAUUUGAGACUAAGCCCACCUACCGAGGGCCUUCUCUUCUUCAGUAAAUAAAUUUCAUUUGAUCGAAGAUCCCCACCGUUA